CUCUCCUCACAGGAGAUGCUCCAGACCCCAAACCACCUUUGUGCCUCCCCAGCAGAUCUUUGUCUUUCUUGUACCGAAGGAGCCCAGAACCGGCCAUAUUCACCUCAGGAGGGACUGAAAAACUACUUUCAUUUCAAGAAAAAGCGAAAAAGAGAAUCUGGCGUGCGAGAAGCCUCUGGAUCAGGGCCGAAAUCGCUUGAUUACAUUAACAGUAAGGCCAGCACCAUGGUGGCGGUCGGCCUGGCCAUAGCGGCAGCCGGAUUCGCAGGUCGCUAUGCAGUAAAAGCUUUGAAGCAAAUGGAGCCACAGGUAAAGCAAGCCCUUCAAAACCUACCAAAACCUGCCUUCAGUGGUGGUUAUUACAGAGGUGGAUUUGAACCCAAAAUGACUAAACGAGAAGCAGCUUUAAUACUAGGAGUGAGCCCUACAGCCAACAGAAAUAAAAUUAGAGAAGCUCAUAGACGGAUUAUGCUUCUGAAUCAUCCAGAUAAAGGUGGAUCUCCGUAUGUAGCAGCCAAAAUUAAUGAAGCUAAGGAUCUACUAGAAGACCAAGCUAAAAAAUGAAUGAGAAAGUGACUCAUUGGUUUGUCCCUGCAAAUUAUUAUUUUUGAUAAAUGGCUUAAGAAAA